UUCAUUUGGAUUUAAACUUGCAACUUGUUCAGACUUGUCGUCUUGAGGACUUGUUGGAGUGUGUGUCUGUGUGAUAAACACCUACUUAGCCAGCAUUUAUAUAUAUACGAGAUAUACUAUUAAGUGCCCGCGAUGAAAUUCCUAAUCUGUGCGGUGCUUGCUGUGGCGUCCUACGUGGCUGCCGCGGACGUGAAAUUGGAGGAAGGAGUCAUUGUAGCGACAGUAGACAACUUCAAACAAGUGAUUGCCGAUAAUGAAUUUGUGCUCGUCGAGUUCUACGCACCAUGGUGUGGACACUGCAAAGCUCUGGCACCCGAAUACGCCAAGGCUGCUCAACAACUGGCUGAAAAGGAGUCGCCCAUCAAGCUUGCCAAGGUCGAUGCUACCGUUGAGGGAGAGCUCGCCGAGCAGUACCAGGUGCGUGGCUACCCCACGCUGAAGUUCUUCCGCAACGGCUCGCCCGUUGAGUAUGGUGGUGGACGUCAAGCCGCUGACAUUAUUUCCUGGGUGACCAAGAAGACUGGUCCACCAGCCAAGGACUUGACCAGUGUGGCUGAUGCCGAGCAAUUCCUUAAGGACAAUGAGAUUGCCAUUAUUGGUUUCUUCAAGAAUGUUGAGUCCGAUGAAGCCAAGGUCUUCACCAAGGCCGCCAACGCUUUGGAUUCCUUUGUCUUUGGUAUUACCAGCAACGCUGAUGUCAUUGCCAAGUAUGAGGCCAAAAACAAUGGCGUCAUGCUGUUCAAGCCCUUCGAUGACAAGAAAUCCGUGUUUGAUGGUGAGAUGACCGAGGAGAGUCUGAAAAAGUUCGCCCAGGUGCAGUCACUGCCUUUGAUUGUUGAGUUCAACCACGAAUCGGCUGCCAAGAUCUUUGGCGGUUCCAUCAAGUCGCAUCUGCUGUUCUUCGUUUCCAAGGAAGCCGGACACAUUGAGGAGUAUGUGGAUCCCCUCAAGGAGAUUGCCAAGAAACACCGUGAAGAUAUUCUGUUCGUUACCAUCUCUUCGGAUGAGGAGGAUCACACACGAAUCUUUGAGUUCUUCGGCAUGAACAAGGAGGAGGUACCCACCAUUCGUCUCAUCAAGCUGGAGGAGGAUAUGGCCAAGUACAAGCCUGAAUCCAACGAUCUGUCCGCCGCUUCUAUUGAGGCCUUCCUGCAAAAGUUCCUUGAUGGUAAACUUAAGCAACAUUUGUUAUCGCAAGACCUGCCCGAGGACUGGGACAAACAGCCCGUCAAGGUGCUCGUCUCCAGCAACUUCGAAAGUGUCGCUUUGGACAAGAGCAAGAAUGUUCUGGUUGAGUUCUAUGCACCAUGGUGCGGUCACUGCAAACAGCUUGCUCCCAUCUAUGACCAGUUGGCUGAAAAGUACAAGGAUAAUGAGGACAUUGUCAUUGCCAAAAUGGACUCGACUGCCAACGAGUUGGAGAACAUUAAGAUCUCAUCUUUCCCCACCAUUAAGUACUUCCGCAAGGAUGACAACAAAGUUAUCGACUACAAUUUGGACAGGACUCUGGAUGACUUCGUCAAGUUCUUGGAUGCCAAUGGUGAGGUUGCUGAUGCCGAGCCCACCGAGGAGAGCGAAGAUGAUGAAGAGGCUGCGCCCAAGAAGGACGAGUUGUAAACUAAGAAAUACAACAAAAAGCUAUAAAUCCAACAUCUACACUAAAGCACACACACACAUACAUACACACACACUUACAACAAAUAGUAACGUACAUUCUGUAGUUUAUUCUUGUGAUCGUCUCCGGGCUGCGAUUCCAAUGAGUUUUUAUCAUUGCGCCCCCACAGUCCUGGCUUCGCUCAACUUAAAGCCCAACUUGUUUGCCUAAAGAAAAAGAAAUUUGCUUAAAUUUGUUGUAAUUACAACGAUAUUUCGCGCAAAAUUCUAACAUGAUUAGCGUUUUGCAUUUGGCUGCGCCAUUUCGGCGCUAAUUCCUGUUUGAAAAUGCGUAGCUUAGGAUUCAGUUUUAAUGAAGUGUUAAUCGAGAAUUGAAAAUGAUAAAUUUUGUAAUUGUAAAUCUUCUUUUAAGUUUUCUAUACAUUUUGGAAUUUGUAGAAGCAUUGAGAAAGAACUGAUUAAGGACUUAACAAAUAAAGUUGGUAACAACAUUAAAAACGAGA